AUGCAGAGUCACUUAGCUCCUCCUUGUGCUUCUCUCCGCCCCUCCCCGUCUCUCCUCGUCCCUCCACGCCCCUCCACGCCUGCCUCACCCAUCCCAGCCCUCCCCUCUCCCUGUUCCGGCUAUUCUUCACCCCGUUCCCCUCCUAGACUACCGCCCCACACCUCUCAACCCUUCUCGGACCCGCCUCGCAACGCCCCGCACCGCCCCGAGCCACCUGCCAGCUCCAGGCGCGGCCGCUACCAGCCACUCUCCUCUCCCUGUCAUGGCUCGGGACACGAUAUAGUGAAGCUCAGUACACAGUUUUAUGAGGCCAGAAUCAGCUGUUACUUCCUCACAAAUGCUUCUUUAUCUACUGGCUUCCUUAUCCUGCUGACGUGUAUGUGUCCCUGGCUACCCCCACAGCUGUCAUUGCACGAUAUAGUGAAGCUUGUUACACAGUUUUAUGAGGAUCAGCUGUUACUUCCUCACAAAUGCUGGCUGCUGGCUUCCUUAUGUACUUACUGA